AGCAGCUGGUGGACUCGCGAGCCUAGCCGAUCCGGCGGUGUAUCCGCGUUGCUCGCGUUGUGCGUGUGUGUGUGUCGUGAAGGUGUGCGUGCAGCAACAAGUGCGCGUGAGCUCCGAGUCUCGCCGUCGCUUGCAAAUUCUGCGCGUCUCCAACCUUUUGCAUUGUGCGUGCUGGCCCAACGCGCGCGCGUGUGUGCGCCCCUGCCCGUCCCCUCACAUCAGCAGGCAGCAUUCGUGAACGCGCCGCCGCCGAAUUGCCGAAAUCCAUGUCGGCCGUUGCACUGUCUCCCGACGCGCCGGCAAUCCGGCUCUGCCAUGUCGUCAAGUGGCCCGAUUACGAAGGUUUCGGCUUCAACCUGCACAGUGAGAAGUCCAAACCGGGCCAGUACUUGGGCAAGAUCGACGAAGGCAGUCCCGCUCAGCUGGCCGGGUUGCGCGAAGGCGACCGCAUCGUCGAGGUGAACGGCAUCAACAUAUCGAACGAGAACCACAAGCAGGUGGUCGAGCGCAUCAAGGCGGUGCCUAACGAAACCAAGCUGCUCGUGGUCGACCCCCUGGCCGACGCAUGGUACAAGGAGCACAAGAUUAUCAUCAAGAGCAGUCUGCCCACGGUCAAGCAGUGCCACAACCCGGUACCCAGACCCGGCAAGAGGAACAGCGGUGCCUCUCUGGGUUCUUCCUCCUCCUCCUCGGCCGAUCAGCCUCAGCGGGGGGCGCCCUCACCCCCCGCCGUCGCCCCCCCUAGUAAGGUGGUGUCCCUGCCGGCGGGCGCCCCGGCCGCUCGCCUCUGCCACCUGGUGCGGCGUUCUGACUUCGACGGCUACGGCUUCAACCUGCACGCCGACAAGCAGCGCAAGCUGCAGUACGUGGGCGCCGUCGAUCCCGGCAGCCCCGCCGAGGCAGCGGGCCUGCGCGCCAACGACACCAUUGUCGAGGUGAACGGCGUGAACGUGGAAGGCACCAACCACCGGGACAUCGUGGAGCGCAUCAAGUCGGUGCCCAACGAGACUCGGCUGCUGGUGGUGGACGACGGCACGGCGGCCUGGUACCGCGAGCACGGUAUCGCCAUCCGCGGAGACCUGCCCAACGUGAUUCAGCUGAGCAGCGUCAAGGCUGCCGCCCGGCGAUCCAGCAAGCCCGCCGCCGUUGCGCAGGAAGUCGCCGCCGUACCGCACAGCAACGUCCAGGAAACGGCCCCCGCCCCAGUGGUCCACGACGGUCUUCGCCUGUGCCACCUGUCCAAGUGGCCAAACUUCGACGGCUACGGCUUCAACCUGCACGCCGACAAGAAGCGACAGGGACACUUCAUCGGACAGGUGGACCUCGGCUCACCCGCCGAGCUGGGCGGCCUGCGAAAGAACGACAAGCUCCUUGAGGUGAACGGCCUCUCGGUGGAGGGCGAGAGCCACCGCGAGAUCAUCGAGCGCAUCAAACAGGACCCGAUGCAGGUGGAACUGCUCGUCAUCGACCGAGAAGGAGAGGAGGCCUUUGCGAAGCGAAAGCAGAAGCCCUGCAGCCAGUCCGAGAGCGUCGUGCGCAGGCGCACGCCGGCGCAGCAACCGGGCACCGAGCAGCAGCAGCAGCAGCAGCAUCAGGAUGACCUGUCCAAGAGCUCGACCCCUCUGCUGACGCCCAGCCCCCAGUCCACUCCCCCGCAGGCUCCCGAGAGGGCUUCUUCGCACGUGACCCACAGUCGCGAAGAAGACGACACGUCGUCCGUCGAGGUGAUUGCCGCCUCACCGACGCCCACGAGCGAGGAAGAAGGGGACGACCGCUCGACGCCUCGUCUCGAGACCCCGGUCUCGGACAAGGGCUCCUCGGCCGUCAACGGCGGCGGCGGAGGCUCCCGUAGCUCGGAACUGCGAUCCUCCACGUCUUCGAGUCCUCGGGACUCUCCAGUCUUCGGUCGCGACCAGAAGAGCUCCGUGGUGGAGUCUACGACGACGACCACCGUGAUCAAGACCUCGACCAUCACGACCGGCGCUGACAGGACCGACGGCUCGGGCUCGUACGACGUCCAGAAGGCGUACGACGUGCAGAUCAACAACUCCGAGGUGCGCAGGAUCUCGGACCUGCAGCAGCGGGGCGGGGCCGUGCUUGGACCUCCUCCUCCUCAGCCGGCCGCCAGGCAGGCCGCGCCGGUGCACGUCGAGAACAGCAACGGCACGAGCCAGAACGGUGCCGCGGCAACUUUCAGGAACGGCGGGUCGCUGCCACCUCCCGGACCCGACGGCCUGAACCUGACCAUGAAGGCUUCCGAGCUGCGAGAACUUCUGAGGUCUCGGAAGAAGAAGGACCCGAGGGAGACGCAGAUGGACCUACGCCAGAAGUACAAGAUCAUCGAGCAGAUGUAGAGAGAGGCGCGCAUGCGCCGUGGGCAGGUUGGGGGACUGGACACUGUGCCCGUGCUCGCUGUCUGUCGCGUGGUGUCAGGGGGUUCUCGGGUUUGUUUUUUCUUUUUUUUUUUUUGCUUGAUGGUGUCGUAAGUGGCAGCCAUGUUGUUGGCGAGUUCGCGGUGAGCAGCUUCUUUUUGGUUUCGUCUUGUCUGUGCCCACAGCCCUUCAACCCCGACACUUUUCGUGACAGCUUGUGAAAAAAAUAAGGACCGAUCGGUGUGUGGACACUCGCGCCGUGCGCCGGUGGUCUUACGCAAGGGCACGAGUAAGUGUUUUUUUUUUUUUCGGUGCUUAUUGUGUGACUCCUGUGCCCGUUGUACGAUUGUUCUUCUCGAGCUGGUAUUUCUUGUCGUCUUACGAGAUGGGUGAUGUGGCCCAAAGUUAGAUAUCGUGUGUGUACACUUUAACAGUGCCUACCACCCGCUGUACAAACUGGUCACGCGUCACACUUGCGGAAACGGCUUGCGCCACCGUGAUCUUGUAUCUGUAUCUUUUGUGUAACUGUAACACGAGAGGUUGAAAACAUUUGUUCUCCGCAGGUCUGCAGCAUAAAUUUUCCUCUCCGACCAAGUAAGCUUGAGUUGAUCAACCGGCAGCUGUCCAAGAUGACGUAUGACUGGCGUGCCCUUCUUGGCAGCGCUUUCAAUCAGACUAAGAAGGAAGUCUCUGAGCAGCUUUGUCGUUACACGUAAAUGGACCAGCUUUGUUGUUUGUGAUGGGUCACCAAACAUAACAACGCUUACAUUCAUGUACCAGUCGCCAAUUAUUAGGGCGGUCUGGCGACGUCACCGCAGCGAACCUCGCAUUGUGCUAUUUGUGCCGUUGUAGUUAACCGGAUUUAUUAUUAGUUUUUUUAAUGAACAUAAUAUACCUUAGUCUACCUUAUGUCAUCGUUACAAUUUUCUAACGAAGGGUUCCCGAUAAUCAUUCCUGCGUGUGAGCGUUGCCUUUUGCGGGGUCCGCGGGCGCCGCGUUUUGUUGCGCUCUUCUUGUGGCCAGUUGGCGUUUUCUUGAAAGUUGACGUGUUUCCGCGAUGUCCCUUGCAAAUGUCUCGUCGUUUCUCGUUUUACGUUUCUUUUCUUCUUCGAGAGUGCCUUGUACACUAAUCGGUAGUUCCCUUUACAUUAUAUAUGUACUAUAUUUUUUUUUGUGUCAGCCUGUCGUAACCUGUGCGCAGAAAGUGAAGCAGCAUAUCGCACGCUCGUUUUGCAGGUUUCUUCACUCUUAGCGUACUAGCCAGAAACGAAUAACAAAAACGGUCGCUAUCCUCGCUCGAAUGGUUCUCCAGCCCCAACUGUUUGCAUACAUAUUAUGAGUAUUUCCACAGUCAGAAAAGCUACAAAUACGCGUCAGUACCAGUGGGUAUACUUAUUUGAAACUCACAGUCGUUAGAGGCACAGUUACGUGUUAAAGAGAGAGAGUUUAGUCAAACACUCUGGAAUCGGGAGAAACUGCAUACAAGCGCGGACAUCAUUAAUAAGAAGUCGGAACGGUGCUAUUACGAUGUCUCUAUAUCUUGAUGCGGCAGCAUGGAGGUAUGCCUCUGCUGUCAUAGGAAGCGGUGGUGAGAAGAGACGAGCGGGUAUUCGUUAGAAAAAACCGCGCGUGACGUGCACGCUUUGCUUCCGACGUUAGCCGCUUAACGUUAGUUAACCUUCUUUUUUUUCGUUUUUUUUUUACCAACUUCCGCACGCGUCAGCUCGACUCUGCGACCCAAGGGCGCACCGUCGCUUAAACCGCUGGCGUCACUGCUGACCAAGCAGCGCACGCACUUUGCGCACGCACUUUGAAAGAACGAAGCUGUAAAUUGUCACAGUGUUAGCUAGACGCAUGCGUCAUUAGCUGACAGCUACGAACGCUGUUCCUUCACUCAGCACCUUUCUCAGUCUUUUUUUUUUAAUUUAAUUUUGUUGUUGCAAAAGUUGGCGUAGUGAUUCGCUUCCCUGAGCAAGGCGAAGGAAGCUAGUUUUAAACUGUCGCUUGAGCCUCUUCGGUAAGAUGUAUCGACUGCGAGCCUUUGAGGGCUACUAGCUUGCCGGUGAACUAUUCCACGAUCUUAAAUGCAUUUACACCCUCACGGGUGUCUUGUGUGUCUCGACGGUUACACCCUUAAUUUUACGGCUAUAAAAAUUUUGUUACACGUAAACAACGAACUCUAGCUACAUGUGCGAUGAGAAAGGGCGUUAAACACUCAGUAAUCAUUCUGUAAUCAUUCUGACCACCUUGUAUGCGCAGGAAUGUCCGACGAAUAAAUCUGGCAGCGAUAGCCGCUAAGAAUUUCGUUGAACUGAUUCUGUCGUAGUCGGCUAUUUCAGCUGUCUCAGCUUUCUCGAUGCAUUAACUUAGUCCACUGCAGCUAUCAUCAUUUCACGUGCGCCGAAAAAUCGAAAAAUAAGAAAAUCGCGUUUGUUCCCACCAGCGACUUGAUCUUGCCUCCUAACUGAACGCGAGGGUGUUAACGACGGGACAACCAAUCACCAUUCGCACACCCAUGGAAGUGCUAAACGGCUUUGUGCGAGGCUCGUUCCAAGUGUUCAUUGCUAACCUAACGCUUACCCUGCAAAGCGUAAGAUGUAUGUUUAUACAGAGUCGACUCGGCUGUGCCGCUAAGCGUUAGAUUUAAGAGUGACGCACCUAAGUUGGAAGUUGUGGCUUCCCAGUCUUUUGUUUUUGUUCUUCUUUCUGUGGAUGCCUUCCGUCGCACCAGAGUUAAACGUGACUACGAUGCAGACCACGGAUGCUGUUUCGGUGUUCCUCUACUUUCCUCGUGGGUUUUCUAUUUAAGUUUCCUUUCUAUUCGUUAUUGGUUCUGGAGCUUCGAAAAACGUGCGCCCUAUAGCGUGCUUCCCACUGCGAGCCGUGGUAUGUAGCAACUUUUUUUUUUUUAUCCGUCGAUCUGAGUCUGCUAACAAGAGAAGCGAAGAGCUUCUAUAACCAGGUCUCUCCGGUGUGAUCAGAUGAUCUUCGUGGCCUACUAAGCGUUUCCCUUUUUUUUUUUUCUUUUUAGUCUUUUCGAGCCCUUUUGGUAACCGUACAUACGGGAGGCCGGUGAUAGAAAUUCUACGCGCUCCGGUUUCGCUGCACCCCGGCUCUUUGUGAACGGAUGCGACCCGCAUUGGCUUUCUAUACACUCGAUAAGCUCGAAAGAAAAGAACAGGAAAAAAAUCGAAGAUUCCACGGCUUGUUAGUACACCGAAAAAGGCAUCGGAAAGUUGGGUUCGUGCGCUACAUGUAUCCCCGUUCACUCGCAGGGCGCGACUCUCGCGUGCAUUUUUCCUUCUCGAUGUGGGCUUUACGGCGCGCGUACACACCACAUUUUCCCCCCUCCACGCAUUGGUAGUUUGAAAUGUAAAGGCGGGUGCUUACGAUCGAGUGUUCGCGGUAGCUUGCUGCAAGAUAUGACAAAAUUAAUUCGGUAAAGUAAUUACUUUGCAUUAAUAAUUACAUUUCUAGAAUUUUUACAAAUGUAAUUAAAUGUAAUUGCAAAUUACAGCUGGCUGAAAGAAACGCCAUUAAAUUACAAUUACUUUUGAAAUGUAAUCAAGUUACACUGAAAGUCAACAAAAAAGGUGAACCAUUUAUGCACUAAAUCGUGUGCAGUGUCCUUACAGCACGUACACACUGAAAUCUCCAAUGUCUUCGUACAACUUCCCACUAUUGAGGUUUGGCACUCAGAGUAUCUUGCCUUUGUUCUUUUUCUUUCGUUGUUUGUUCCAAUUUCUGAUGCUAUGUGGGAAACGGACUUGCUGCACUUCAGUCAAAAGCAGUUGGGACGCUAAUCAGUAUACUCGCUUCUCGGCGCUUCUGCAGUUCACUACAUUGCUCAUUACGGCAAAAAAGUCAUUCAAUUGGGGCAAUUCCAUUUCCGUAAUUUCAUUACUGACAAGUCAGCGUUCUGCUCUCUUCUCGGUCGCGCGCUAAAGAUGUAUACACGAGAACACGGUUUUCUUUUUCUUCCUUUUUUUUCUUUUUAAAACAUCGUUUAGUGCCUAGAGUCUGUUGCUGGGUUUUUACCAGAGCCGAGUUUUCGUGUUUUGACGCAAAUUAUGCACGCUUGUUCUGAAACGAUCGCGCAUAACAAACGUUAGUUGCGUAGCUUAGCAUCAUGACCUUGUUUCUUUUUCCGGUUUCAUGUACUUAGAGCGCCCUGUUCCAAUGUUUGCAUCGAGUAACGUGUUCCGCAGGGUGUGGCUCUUGCAACUUUACGAGUGGCAUGCAAAAAAAAAAAAAAGACUCGGAAUCAAAACCAAGUUCAUAUCAAACAGAGCCUAAGUUCGUCGUGUCAGAUGUGUAAUAUGCAUGAUGUCAAGAUCUCCUUCCGGCCUUUCGUUGUAUUUAGCGAUGUGACGUAUAUACGUCUUGCAUUUCACCGACUGCGAAAGGGUCUAACUAUCGUGAAGUGAAAAGUCAGCGCGUACGAUACGGACAGUGCACAGAUGCCGCACUGUAACUGAAACCGCCAUAUUGGAGUACCAAAAACAUGGUGGGGCGUGAAGCUUGUGACGUCACGUUGAUGUUACCUUGCAUCGCAUGCAGGUCAUUUCGUUAUGCAUGCGCAGAGGCCGAAAACUUGUCAGCGGCGUCGUUAUAGACAGUGAAACAGGCCAACUGCCACGUGAUUACGCUGACAACGUCAUCAAAGCCGCCAUGUUGGGGCACCAGUACGUCGAGAAUCUGUGCCCAUGACGUCACGUGCAAGCCACCAAUGAGAACACUAACUUGUAUAACGUUGCUCCCUUUUGCCGUCUAGCUAUCGUCUCUAGCAUCACAUCUCGUCCUUUCUAAAUCAGUGCCUUCACGCGUGGCGGUACGCUGUUAACAACGGAUACCAUUGGUCAAUUAGGAAUCAGAUUAGACCCAGAUGCCUGUCUCGAAGGGGGCUUACACCAAGGGCUUAACCAAACAGCGCCGGUAAUGCAGUCUUGAUCCCUGCCUUUUAGCGCGCGACGCGAUUGCUGAGCUCAGUGCUUUUUCUGAUCUCCUAAUAUUAUUAAUCUUGCGCCGAGAUCUUGUCAGUCGGGUACUUUUAUAAAACCACCGCGCCAAGCGAUAGUCGUGUCGCGAUAACUCCUUUCCUGAAAUGGAUUAAGUGCCUUAAUAAUCGCGUUUCCGUAGGUGCGUCAUCUCGGCUGCUAUUGGCCAACUUAUGAUUUCAAAACACGGUUGUGACGACUCCCAUUGGACUUAAGACUGUGACGUAAUUUGUGCCUUGUAAGGGAAGCGGGACAAUGUUUUUUUUUUCCCUAUCUACGUAUGCUUUGUGAGACCUCGUGUUACGUGCAGCCAUGUUUAGUUUCCAAAUGAAAUUCGGGACCUACGUAUUUGUUGGGCGUUGACUGUGGUGCACGCUGUUCGCGUAUUUCUUUUUAAAUUGAUUUUACAAUGAUAAAUGUUGCUUCUUUAUUCAAUGUAUUUACACGGAAGUUUGCCAUUUGAUGCAAUGGUUGUAUGUAAUGCGCCGGACAUGCUGCAUUAAGUAUAUCGGUUGUGUGCAAUGUGAUGCCUUCCAAGCCACGUCUUCUACGGCUUGAUACUGUUGUGGACGCAUGGAGGCGUAUAAUAUAUAUAUAUAUAUAUAUAUAUAUAUA